AUGGAAAUUCACUUCCAAGAGGAAAUAAUUAUGGACAUCCUGACCAAGUUACCUGUGUUCUCUCUUCUUCGAUACAAAUGUGUUUCAAAGUUUUGGAAGACACUGAUCUGUGAUCCUUACUUUAAAGGGAAGCAUCUCAAUUAUGCAAAGGAUGACCCAGAUUCCCAAAAACUCCUUAUUUGUCACAUAUACCCCAAGGAGCGUAUAUCUUCCAUCUAUUCUUGUCCUUUAUCGCCGGUUCAACUGCCGGAGGAUGUACAGAAACUUGAUUGCUCUUUAAACGCUAGACCAUUUGCGGAUUGCUGUUGUGAUGGUCUGGUUUUUCUGUUUGCUUCCGAUGGGCUCAAUAAACAGUAUAUGCUAUGGAACCCCUCCACAAGAGAAUCAAUAGUACUUCCCCGUCCAGAAUUUUCACUGAGUUGUUGUAUGUACAGAUUAGCAUAUGAUGCAGCUAGUUAUGACUAUAAGAUCCUUAAGAUUGACGUUACAUCGGUUGGUCCCGAAGUAUUCAAUGAAAUUCUCGCUUUGAAAAGUGGUUCCUGGAAAAGAGUUGGUAAACCUUCAUUUCGUGUUCUCCCUGUGUCAUGUGGUGUGCCAUCUGAUACCGCUGCUGGAGAGAAUGCGCAUAUAUCGCAAGAG